UCUGUGAGUUAGAUAGAGAUGGGUAGAUGGUGCGAGUGAGAGGUAGCAAAAUGGUGUCUUCUGUUUUCGGUAGUCAAAUUCUGGAAGAGUUUUGUCUGCCUAUGAAGUAAAUAAACGCACAUAUUUUCGGACUCCUUGAGUAAUUGGAGUAAAUCGCGUUCGUAAAUGAGAGUUCAAAAGUAUGUGAUGAUCGUCGUCGGGUAAAGUAGUGAUAAUUGAGAUUGAAUCAAUAUUAAAAAUAAUGAAAUAGUACGAGUCUGUGUGGUUCCAGUCUCCUAAAUUAAUAUAAAUUAAGUGUCUUUACCGCCUGGAAUUAUCGCGAACUGCGCUACCGGACACCGGACAGCGAAACAUAAUAUUCUUGUUAUUAUAUCAGUUACAUAACCUUAAACGUGUCGCAGAUUCUCCAGUACAAAUUGGAUGGUUGGACACUGUUGAUCGCAUUCAUAAAUCACCAUGGCAUCGUCGUUUGAUACUACGGACAAGAGCAGCUGGUAUUUUGGUGCUUUGACCAGGCAAGAGGCAACUGAUAUCCUCCUUGCUGAAAGAGAGAGUGGAGUGUUUCUCAUACGGGACAGUGCUACCUGCAUUGGGGAUUAUGUAUUAUGUGUGAAGGAAGACAGCAAGGUUAGUCAUUAUAUUAUAAACAAAACACAACAAAGCGAUGAAGUCAGAUAUAGGAUUGGUGAUCAGCUCUUUGUGGAUCUGCCUAGUCUGUUAGCAUUCUACAAACUCCAUUACUUGGACACUGCUCCACUCAUCCGACCUGCAGCUAAGAAGCAAGAGAAAGUCAUUGCCAAAUUUGAUUUUGAUGGAAAAGAUAAUGACGAUCUUCCAUUCAGGAAGGGAGAUAUUCUUACAGUAAUAUCCAAAGAUGAAGAACAAUGGUGGACAGCUGUGAAUAGCAUGGGAAUGCGUGGAUCCAUUCCAGUCCCUUACAUUCAAAAAAUAGAAGAUGGACAGCAAUUGCCAGAGGUUCCUAGACCCGGUUCUGGUGGACCGGUUUCGCUCGCAGCACCUCACAACAGUGAAGCAGCCAUGAAGAAGUAUCAAACACAUCAGCGCAAAUUACCGGCUAGGGCCAGAGUAAAGCAAGUUAGGGUGCCCAACGCUUACGACCAGACUGCUUUGAAGCUAGAAAUUGGAGACAUCAUCGUUGUAACCAAGACUAAUAUAAAUGGGCAAUGGGAAGGAGAGCUGAACGGGAAAACGGGCCACUUUCCAUUCACGCACGUCGAAUUCCUGGACGAGGAAAGUUAAUGCGCAUUGGCAACUCAAUCUUGGAUAUUAUCUAAACAAACUGACACCAUUUAUCAAAUAUAUAUAUAUAUAUACAUACAUACAUAUAUCAAGUAUACUGCUUUAGUAGUAUCGCAAUAGAUUCGUAUUAUAAUUUCUGCAAUCGAUCGAUCAUCGAACAAUACUGCAAUUUCCGUUCUUGAUUACAUAUCAUGUUCAGAUUCUAUCCAUGUCCUCGUGCAAUGAGAUAAAUAUUAAUUUAAGAGUAAAGAUGUAUAUGCAUGAAAUUUAUUGUAAUGUACUGUAUGUAAUUUUUUAGCAUAGCAUAGGGUAAGAAAGGCAACAAAACGAAACAAACAAAAAAAAAGAGAGGAACAAAUGGCGGAAUUAAGAAAAGCUAAGAUUGUUACCCGCUUGUCGAGACAGGAAAAAAGUCAUUCUUUAUUUGUACAUAUAUAUAUAUACGAGAUGUUUUGAUGAGUUGAGUUGGUUCUUGUUUUCUUCAUUAUUAUUUUGUUUUAUUUUGAUUCCAAUACAAUAAACAAAGAAUUAUUUAUU